AUGAUGGCUACUGAUAUAUCCUACUCAUUCCGAGUUGACACGGACCGGGAAGAGCAGCGCAUUAGCCUGACAACCACCACCACUGCUAGUGACGUUAUUUUGGUUCAAGUCGUUCACGUGACCCCAGCGAGGGACCCGCCAAGUGUUGAGGGCAGUGCUCGUCUCAUUGAGCCUGCCAUGAGGUCCUCAAUAUGGCGGUUCGAUUCCAGGGCGAACGUGAACUUCAAUGACCACACGCUGGACUGUGGCGGUGGACAGAUCCAACACCGCCUGAACGGCGGCCGCUGUGGUGUAUGUGGUGACGCCUACACCGGAUCCCGGGACAAUGAGCUAGGAGGACGCUACGACUCCGGCAUCAUCGCCAGACGGUACAGGAUGGGCAGUGACGUCACCAUGGUGGUGGACGUCCUGGCUCCAAGAGGAGGCUACUUCGAGGUCAAGCUGUGUCCGCGAGAUGAUCCCAACGUGCCAGUGACGCAGGAUUGUUUUAAUGGAUAUCCACUAAGGAAGUUCUGA